AUGGCACUCAUUCUCUAUCUGAGUGUCCUGGCGGGGACAUUUUUCUCCGCUCACUCGUCUGUGCAGAAAGAUGACCAUGCCCCCUAUUUGGUCUACCUCAAGUCUCACUUCAACCCCUGCGUGGGUGUCCUCAUCAAAAGCAACUGGGUGCUGGCCCCGGCUCACUGCUACUUACCAAAUCUGAAAGUGAUGCUGGGAAAUUUCAGGAUCAGAGUCAGAGAUGGGACAGAGCAGACAAUUAACCCCAUCCAGAUUAUCCGCUACUGGAACCACAGUCACAGUGCUCCCCAGGAUGACCUCAUGCUCAUUAAGCUGGCCAAGCCCGCCACCCUCAACCACAAAGUCCAAACCCUUCCCCUCGCCACCAGCACUGUCAAGCCAGGCACCAACUGCCUACUCUCAGGUUUGGACUGGAGCCAGGACAACAACAGCAGACACCCUGAUUUAAGGCAGAACCUGGAGGCCCCUGUGAUGGCUGAUAAAGACUGCCAGAAAACCAAACAAGGAAAAAGCCACAGAAACUCCUUAUGUGUGAAAUUCGUGAAAGUGUUCAGUCGAAUCUUUGGGGAGGUGGCUGUCGCUACUGUCAUCUGCCAAAACAAGCUCCAGGGGAUCGAGGUUGGCCAAUUCAUGGGCGGGGACGUGGGCAUCUACACCAAUGUUCAAAAAUAUGUAACCUGGAUUGAAAACAUCACUAAGAACAAAUGAGGCCACGCGUCUCCCUCUGCUGCCCGCUGGCUCUGCCACCGAUGCUAUAAAACUUUCCCCAAACUCAAAAUAAAACAUCUGAAUAGAAAUAUUUGGAUGCAUCACACCA